CUUGUUUACUUAAGGGGGCUCUUGCGUUAUUACCACUACUAGCACCGACAUCGGCACCUAGGAUCUGCUCCCCUUCUGCCUUUUCCCUACGGUGUAUUCCAUCUAACAAGACCCUUUGGCAUGUGCUCAUAGAGUACAGACACAUUCUGGCAGUGAAAUAUGGUAAAAGCAAUCACAGACGAGCAGCCGCCGUCCGAACGGAAGGACACGACGAAGAAGAAGGUUACAGCAAAGAAGAAGAAUGUAGCUACAGGAGUAUGGCCUUGCAAGAUCAACGGAUGCAACAAGCAGUUCGCGCGGGAGGCAGACUUGAAGAGACAUCAGAGGACAACGAAACUGCAUUCGAUGCCCGGAUUCUCAUGUCCCCAAUGCGACGCUACCUUCACCCGAACUGAUGCUCUACGGCGCCAUCAGAAGUCAAGACAUAAUGGCAUCGUGAUCGAGGCAAUGGAACAGGAGCUAUUGAACGAGGGUCCUUCAAGGAGUAGCAGUAUUGCACCGUCCCUCAAAGGCAAGGAACCCAUGUUAGCGACGUCACAUUCCGCUCAAGGGAAAUCUGUGGUGUCUGGACCAGCUACUGGCCAUUCCAGCUAUUAUCGUCAACACACAGCCCAUUCAAGCACGUAUGUACCUGAAUAUACACAGGUAGGCUUGCCGACGUCUGCAACCCGGCUUAACGGCGCGACGAAUUGGGCUCAGUCACAGCCAUGGCCUGAGGGUUUACCACCGCCUGCCGCUAUUGGAUACCCUAUAUACUACACACCCUCUCCAUAUUACCGUCAGAACGGAGUUUCCCCAGCUCCUCAGCAUCAGCAUCAACCUUCGACCGAAACAGAGUACCGCGCAGGAUCCUCAUCGAGAACCCAAUCACCCCAUCAUACCACCCAAUCCCGCUUGGGGACUCCCCAAAACGAUUCAAAUUCCUCUCCGUCUGGGCCAGAAACUCCCGAUGGCGAUCAACAAAUGUCAACCUCGCGCGAGCCAGCUGCGGUGAACCCUUCAGAUGUCGACACUCUUACAGAGGAGGAGAUGAAGGUUCUGUCAAUGCAGCUCACCCAUGCAGCAAUGGAGGUCGUACUCAACAACGCAAAGUACCCGCGGCGGGAAAGUUUGCAUGGUGUCAAUUUGGAGGAUAUUAAUUCACGGUGGUCAAGUCCAAAUCAGCCGGAGAGUGAUCUGGACCACGGCGAGGAUGCAAGGAUGUCUCCCGAUGAGCGUACGGGGUCGGGUUUGCUCUCGUAUGGGACGCCUCUCGAUCGUCCUGAACCCAUGGAGCAUAUGCUAACAGAGGAUGGCGAGCCGAUGCUUAACCCUGCGGAACUCCUGACACAGGAAUCCCUUGCUUCUCCCCCUCCUUCAUGACUGCACGAUUGGUUGGACAUGUAGUGAAUUUAACGCUUUACGAUAUCUGUAUAACACUAUUUCCUUCCCUGCGUCGAGCAUGUUCCGUGUUAUGGUAGCCUUUGGUGAUUUUGGUCAGACUCAUGUACAACAGUAUGAAGCGUAUCGCUCUACAUUAUUGGUUAUAAUGUGUAACGGACUGAUUAAUAACUAAGACGUCUUCCAAAUAUGCUCCCAGACGAAACA